AUGCCUAUUUCCCUCCUCCGAGCCGCCACCCUCCUCCUUUCUCUUUCCCGUCUCCCUGCCCUCUCCUUCGCCCAAGACACGGAGGACGACAAGGAAACAGACGACGGUUACAUAGGAUACCGCCUCACCCACCGCGGUGACCCCGAAUCAGCCGUCUAUGAGACUGCCAACACUGACAACGACCUCAUCCUCCCCGAAGACCCAGACGUCUACCUCAACGCUUCGGUGUCUGUCGGCUUGAUCGACAUCGAGGUGGACAAUAUCACUGCCAAAGUCAACCUGGACGCCAAGGUCCUUUCUCUCUUGCACUUCAGCGCGGGCGUGGACGCGAGCAUCGAUCGCGUCAAGCUCAGGAUUGAGAAUGUCUCUGCUAAAGUGGAGCUAGAGGCGAGACUGGAGAAUGUGGUGGCCAUGGUUGAUAGUGUUUUGCAGAGUAUCGAUGUGAAUCCGCUUCUUGCUACCCUCGGUCAAGGGGUGGGCAAGGUUUUGGAUGGGGUGGGGGAUAUUGUUGGUGAUACCGUCAACGACGUGGUGGACACGGUGGGGAAGGUGGUCAGGGAUGUGCCGCUUGGUGAUGCCCUCAACAACGUCGCCGACGCGGCCGGGAAUGUGCUCAAGGACGUCCCCCUCAAUGACCUCGGUUCUGAGCCCCUCGAAGUAGCAGCCAACCUAGCCAAGCGCGUCCCCUCCGCCGUCGGCCACGGGUCCGGAGCAGACAAGGACCCGUUUAACUACAACAUCCAGCACAACAUCCUGUACUCCGUCAACGACUACCAGGGCAACAGACACCGCAACCGCCGAUUGGAUCAGAAUGGCGAUAUUUUUGAUGAGUUUCUUGACAACGACGGAAACGAGCAAUCGAGGCAGGUGGUUGGAUACUACAAGGAUGAUAUGACGUUUACGGGCCAUAAUAGGACUGUGGAGGUGGAUGGCAAGACGGAGUUCGAGUUGCAAUAUGAGUAUAAGCCGUUCCCGGGAAUUGAGGCAAUUAGCUGGAUUUAUGUGGAUGCUGAGGAGGGCGAGGUGGUUAGGACAAAGGUCAUUUCGGAAGCACAGGGGGGUGGGACGAGUACUGUUAGUAAUGACUCGGAGGAGUAG